AUGAAUUCUCAAGGCCCCAACGAUGUAUCGCCUGAGGCGAUGCAGGCGCGCAUCCAACAGGCGCGACGCGAGGCUGAGACACUGAAGGAUAGGAUUAAGCGGAAGAAGGAUGAGCUCGCUGACACUACUCUCCGCACCGUCGCCCAGCAGGCCCACGAGCCGAUCCCCAAGAACCAGCUGAUGAAGGCUAAGCGCACUCUCAAGGGGCAUCUGGCCAAGAUCUACGCCAUGCACUGGUCCACCGACAGAAGACACCUCGUCUCGGCCUCGCAAGACGGAAAGCUCAUCAUUUGGGAUGCCUACACGACGAACAAGGUCCAUGCCAUUCCUCUGCGUUCCUCGUGGGUCAUGACCUGCGCCUACGCCCCUAGCGGUAACUACGUCGCCUGUGGUGGUCUCGACAAUAUUUGCUCGAUUUAUAACCUCAAUCAGCAAAGGGAGGGACCGACCCGUGUCGCGAGAGAGCUUUCGGGCCACGCUGGGUACCUUUCAUGCUGUCGCUUCAUCAACGACCGGAGCAUCCUCACGUCCUCAGGUGAUAUGACUUGCAUGAAAUGGGAUAUUGAGACGGGCCAAAAGGUCACCGAGUUCGCCGACCACCUCGGUGACGUGAUGAGCAUCAGCCUCAACCCUACCAAUUCCAACACAUUCAUUUCGGGUGCCUGUGAUGCCUUCGCCAAGCUGUGGGAUAUCCGCGCCGGCAAGGCCGUCCAGACGUUCGCUGGCCACGAGUCCGACAUCAACGCUAUCCAGUUUUUCCCCGACGGCCACUCAUUCGUCACCGGCUCUGACGACGCAACCUGCCGCCUCUUCGAUAUCCGUGCCGAUCGCGAGCUGAACCUCUACGGCUCGGAAUCCAUUCUUUGUGGCAUUACCUCUGUGGCAACCUCGGUAUCCGGACGGUUAUUGUUUGCCGGUUACGAUGACUUUGAGUGCAAGGUUUGGGAUGUGACGCGUGGUGAAAAGGUUGGCUCACUUGUCGGCCACGAGAACAGAGUCAGCUGUCUGGGCGUUAGCAACGAUGGUAUCAGUUUGUGCACAGGUUCAUGGGACUCGCUCGUACCUGAAAAUCUGGGCAUACUAAGCUAUCAGCCCGACGACGACAACGACGACGAAGUCCUAUCUGGAUAUACCAGUUCCAGUACGCGCGAAACCAUUUUAAUCUUCUGUCGAGUGGUUUUAUGGCCAACUUAA